GCACUAGCAGUGAGGGGGAACGGGAACGCAACGGUCGACGAGUAAAGCAACGCAGUUUUGAUUUUGAGUAAACUGAGAGAGUACAGUGAGAACUCAAAAAUGGUGGCGGCAGUAGCAGCAGCAUCAUACGAAGACACUCGCCGGAAAAGAAUGGAAGAAAACAAAAAGAGAAUGGAAGCUCUCAAUCUUCAUCAACUUUCUCAAUCCCUUCACAAAUCCUCUUCCCCUAUUUCAAAACCAUCUCCUUCCAAACCUCGCACUGUCCGCAAAGAGCUUGUUGUUGUCCGACGCUCCGGCCGUGUCGCCAACUUGCCUGCUCCCAUUUACAAAGAAGUUCUUAUUGAUCGCGUCAUACUACCUAGAAAUCGAAUUUCAAGAGGAGGUUAUAAUAUGUACAGAGAUUAUUCGAAGCGAGUGUAUGCUUCCGAUGAAGCUAGAGAGGAAGCAUUGGAAAAGGCAGAAAAGUUGCAAUCCGAUUUAGAUUCCGAUCAUCCGAUUUUUAUUAAGUCGAUGCUUCAAUCUCAUGUAACUGGUGGAUUCUGGCUGGGCCUUCCAACACAUUUCUGCAGGACACACCUUCCAACACGGGACGAAGCGAUGACUUUAAUUGAUGAGGAUGGGGAGGAGUCUCCAACCACAUAUUUGGCUCAUAAAAGAGGACUUAGCGCUGGGUGGAGAGGUUUUGCUAUUGCUCAUAACCUUGUUGAUGGAGACGCUUUAAUUUUUGAGUUAGUUAAUCGCACUACAUUCAAGGUGUACAUUAUUAGAGUGAAUGAUCCUUCGGAGGGUAAACAGCUCGAAUGAACUGCAGUUAGAGAUUGGAGACAGUAAAAUUAAUCUAGGUUCUAAAUUCUAAUAUGCUGGUCUUGGAUUCAGUUUUUUGGUGUUGUAGUUUGGUUUACUUAUGAUGUCUCUAACUUAUGUUUUUCUGUCUCCUAUUUUGAGGUCCUACAUGUGAAGUUAACUCUUCUGCAUAUGUAUAAAUGAAUGAAUCAAACCCUUGUAAUCUUAAAUAUUUAUGAAUCA